CUUAAAUUGAUAGGAAUCUGGGUUAGUAGGCUAUUAAUAAGAAAUAAUAAUAUUAGUAAGUGUACUUGUAGUAGUAUAUUUAGAAGGUAAGGGGUUAAUAGUAAUAGUUGGCAUAUCCAUAUAUGGGUAUUGGCUAUAAAUAGAAGGGUUAAUAACGGGUGAGGCAGACUGUUGUUUUAUCAGAUUGUUGCCUUGUUGUCUAAGUCCAGGUUGCCUAAGAAGUCCCUGUAGCCUACGGUGUAUUACCUUCCAUCAAUAAACACUCUUUCCCUAUCAUUCAUCAAAUUUGUGCUUGUUAGUUUAUUGUAUUGCUCAGAUCUGUGUCAGGUAGCUAACAUUGGUAUCAGAGCACUCGCUCGCUCCUGGAGACUUAAUCGAUCGGCACAUCUCUACCGCCUAAGAGGAAAAUUGAUUGGCGAUGCUGAGAUACGAACGAACGAAGUUGGUCGCUGAGCAGAGCAGAGAACCGCGACGGUCGGAACUGGAAAAGCGCAUGGAGGCGUGGGAACAGGAGAUGAGGGCGAUGAUGUCAAACUUUGCCACAACGAUGAAGGAACAGAUUCAAAGCAACAUCGAAGCAUCUAUAGCAGCAGCGAUGGAGGAACAAAUUCAGUCCUGGAGAAGUUCACGACCACAACAGCAUCAUCAUUUGGGACAAUCAUGUUGUCCAGCUUCUAACAGUUCGCAAAUGCGAACUAAGUCUCUUGUAGCAUCGCCAAGUUCAUCGCAAUUUUUUACGUCUCGGAUUUCAUCUCCCAGUGCAUCGCGAACUUCCGCUCUCAGUUCUGUGCCGACUGUGUCGCACGUAGAAGUUCCCAGAUCGCAAUCAACAACUUCGUCGCUAUCAGUUGUUCUGAGUUCGCAGGAUUCUUCUGAGUCUCCUGCUGCGUCUCAGAGCUCCAGUUCGUCUUCGCCACUCCUAUCUCACCAAUCGACAUCGCAAACCAGUUUCCCUGGAUCGCAAUCGCUAACAGCUGCGUCCAGUUCGCCGUCACCAACAGCGGCAUCUCCCAGUUCAUUGCGAACUGUUUCUACUCGCAGAUCUUCAUCUCCCUUGCAAUCAGCUUCACAACGAGCCAACUCUCAACAUCAUCGAACAAAGGAAUCUGAGCAUCUAGCUGCGUCGGAAGGUAAAUACGAUCACUCUAGCUCUAGUAUGGGUCAGGAUAGUAGUAGAAGAGAUAUUGGCGCAGGAAGUACGGUUGAAUUACCCUGGUUUAAUGGAGAAAAAGUAGACAAAUGGAUAGUUAAGAUGGAAGAAUACUUCCGACUCAAAUCUACUGCGGAGGGAAGGAAAGUUGAAAUAGCAGAAGAAGCUAUGGAGGAAGAGGCGUUUGACUGGUUUGAAGGGUGGCAAUUUCAGACGAGGGAAUAUAGUUGGAAGGCUCUGAAGGAAUCCAUGACUAGGCAUUUCCAGCCUACAAGCAGUCUGAACACAGGGAAUCAGUAUACGAGAUCGCAAAGAACUUCUCUCAGUUCGCAAUCCUCUACGCGAACUACUGUUUUUCCUUGCAGUUCAACAUCGAAAGUUUAUUCCCUCAGUAGUUCACAGGUUUCUUCUCAAUCUCAAGCCGCGGCUCACUGUGUGCUAGCUCCAGCGCCAGCAGAUUCUCACACUUCUCAAGCGCCACCGCUCCGUUUGGAGUCUGUCAACCUGCUGCAACCUUCCUGUGUUGAUAGAAGUGUUUCACGAGCCAGAGCAAAUGCAAAGAAGCUCAACGAGGGAAACGAUGAAAGCCAGGAGAAAUUGCCAGCUGAUUCUCUUACUUGGCAAGCUUCACAGCUCAGUUCGGAAUUCAUUAAUCAGCCACGACCUAUUUCUGAAGAUAGAUUCAUUGAUGAGGAUGAAAGACGAGAUGAGAGAUCUGCUGGGGUGAAUCAACUCUCGAGUGCCCUGGAAUAUGAGUCCGUUGAGGACAAAAUUGGUGGUUCUGAAUUGGAGAACCCAGAGGUUUCUGACUCAAAAUUGCUGAUGACAAAAUUGCUGGUUCCUGAAACCCAUGUAGGUAUUACGGGAGAUCCGGUCACUACUGAGCUUCCGGUGGACAGAACUCAAAGUGGUUCUGGCAUGGAUAGGAGAGGAAGUACAGAAUUCGUAAUUGGCAGUGAUGGCCAUGUCAAAUUGGAUGAAAGGAGGAGGCGGUUUCAAGAGUUCAUCGAUGUGAAUAGCCCUUCUAUGAUAUUACUUCUGAGUACUAGAGAUGGAGAAUGGGGAAUAUAUCUCAGUAGCCUGAAAUCUGAAAAACAUUUGGAGAGUGGUGAGACUGCUUUAGAAAGCAUAUUCAAUUCAAAGAUACUUGAUAGAGUGCAGCAGUUUGUUUCUGAGAAAAGAAAAAGCUAUGUUCAUAUUGAUGGGCAGAUUUCUAUUCGAUCAUUCUAUAACUCAAAGGAGGCUGCAGAAAGAGUUCAUAGACAAGAGCAAAAGAAUGCGGUCAACCUGUAUAUCCUUUGUGCAAAGGAUGCCUCGGAUGAAGUUCAUUGGCAGAAUUUAUAUAAGAAUUUGCAUCAGGUUUCAUCGGCAUUGAAUGGAAGGUAUGAGGCAGCCCAGAAAAUAGAGGAUGAUAUUGUUUCUUACCUUGAAAGAACUGCAGGGAUUGAUGUCUCCAAUAGCGAGCACCUGAUGGAUUUAUCUUUGAAAACAGAAGCUGCCAAUUAUAUCAAAGUUGCUAUGGAAUUGCUGGGUGGAAUGAAAAAUCCUUAUAGACCAUAUCAAUGGACAGUCUACACUUAUAAUUCUCCUAUGAUGCAAUCCAAAGAAGAGACAGAUGAGUUGGAUAUACGACUAGAAAUGAUUAGCUUGCUUGGGGGCCUCUUUGCUAUAUCCAAAUGUGAGAUCCAGGAGGUUUUCUAUCUAGUAGUUAUGGAAGUCCUAAGGAGGUCUACUGAGAGAACAGUUCAAGUUUGGAUGGGUGCCCUUAAAAAGGUUAUAAUUUGUUGGCUAUGUGAUCCCUUUAGAGAUGAAACCCCUCAGAUUCUUUCUAUUUUAGAGAAGAUACUGCGGAAUUAUGAUGAAGAUCUGGGUAAUCAAGUUGCUGCGGUUCUCUAUGAUGUGGCAGCUGAAAUUACUACAAGGGCAGCUGGAUUUUAUAUUGCAGAACCUUUACAUGAUGAUAUUGGUUACAAAGAAGAGGCUUCAAGUGUAAUUCCAGGGAAUGUUUAUAACCAGUUUCUGCUCCGGUUUGCUGUGAAAGAUGUGAUGAUGAAAGUAAAAGAAAUGAAGCUCUUAGAUCAGAAACCAAGGAGGUACUGGGAAGGAAGAGGUUCCAGGAUGAAGAGGAAGUUCAAGAUCAAGGCUGUGUCUUAUUACCCACCUUGAGGGCAAGGUGGUUAUUUAGGGGGGGAGUAAUGAUAGGAAUCUGGGUUAGUAGGCUAUUAAUAAGAAAUAAUAAUAUUAGUAAGUGUACUUGUAGUAGUAUAUUUAGAAGGUAAGGGGUUAAUAGUAAUAGUUGGCAUAUCCAUAUAUGGGUAUUGGCUAUAAAUAGAAGGGUUAAUAACGGGUGAGGCAGACUGUUGUUUUAUCAGAUUGUUGCCUUGUUGUCUAAGUCCAGGUUGCCUAAGAAGUCCCUGUAGCCUACGGUGUAUCUCCUUCCAUCAAUAAACACUCUUUCCCUAUCAUUCA